CAGAAGUUGAGCCUGAGAGACCCGGCGCAGUGGAUGCGUGUAACAGCUACAAUUUCAAGCGCACAUCAUCUGUAGACAUUCUCUUCGUUUGCCUCGUCAUUGAGCUCAUCUUCUUUUGUUUUUUGUUUUGUUUUUCUUUUUUGUUGUUUUAUUUUUUUUUUGUUUAGAAAAACAACACGCUGUAAUAUGCGUGUUAAGUGAAGCUGUUAUUACAAGGCAGGGGCUGUUAGCCUAGUACAUUACAAGAGUGCUCACAUUUCAGAUAAAACUUUAAUAUAUUUUUUUUUGUAUCAUCUCGGUUUUCUUUUGCGUGCGGUGUGCUGUGCGUAACGUUAUAUUACAUAACACAGUGCUGUAUAGGAAGAAGCCGCGAAAAAUUUUCUGGUCUGGCGGUCGACCCGUCCCGCAAACCUACCGUUUUUCUGUACGAGAAACCAAUUGCAAUCGGGAAGAUCUGUAAAUAAUGCACGGCAACGUUGGCAUGGAGAAAAACCAAUGGAAAGUGGCUGAAGACGACACCGUCAUCGUUGAUCCUUCAGACAAGGAACAGGGCGACGAACCUCACAACUGGAAAGCCACGGGCAUAGCCAUAUGUGCCAUCACCAUCGUGUUGCUGGCCGUCAGCACAGCUGCGCUCUUCAUGCGCAAUCCUGAGGACGAGGGGGCCUACUGGCAAACGGUGUCUUACGAUCUCAAUUCGGUCUUGGAUACUGAAACGUCCAUUUUCAUAAGCAACAGUAUGUCCAAGGAUCAGUGGAAAUCGACCUACUGGAUUUCAGAUCGUCAACUCGUUUAUUGGGAUGCCUCGGGCGGAUUGAACGUCUAUCGAGUCGCAACGAACCAAUCGGCCGUCCUCGUUCCCGCACAUGUUGUGACACAGUGGAGAGCGGACGAGUAUUGGCCAAGUUAUGACGGUCGUUACGUUCUACUCCGACAGCAUCACACUGGCGAUUCACAGAAAGAGGGCGAACUCUAUUACGGAUGCCAUCAGCCACAGCGCUACUACGCUGUCUACGACACCUUUGAAAAUGAUUUGUGGAAGAUACGAUUGACGGCGGACGAUUUGCAACCAACCCGUUUGGGAUACGUCGCAUGGUCGGGCAGAUCAAACCAACUGUACGCCAUUUAUCGCAAUAGGAUCUUCUGGACUAGUGAUGCCACCAGCCGGAUAGGAUGGCAACUACGGGGAGCAGACCGAACGUUGCCGAAAGAGCCGGAACAGGAUUUCUUUUGUAGCGGAUUGCCCGAUUGGACUUAUUCAGAAGGAGUGACACGCUGGCGGAACCUUAUGUGGCCAAACCUUGGCGGCGAUUGGCUAAUUUACGCAACCUUGAAUUCUAGCCAAUGUCACCAUUUAGAUUUUAUCGAAUAUUUAGCGGACCGCUCGCGAGCCAGUAGUAUCCGUCACGCUGUGCCAGGUGGCCAGCUGCCCGAAAUCCAGUUGAAGUUGAUCCAUCUCGAGAGCAACAUCGAGUCCGAAUUGGCGAUCAGCCAGUUGGCUAACCAGAGGCAAUGGCUGUUAGUCCAAGUCGAGUGGCUGGACGCGACUGGCUUCGUUACGGCUUGGAUGACCCGCAAUCAAAAUGAAACAAGAGUGUUCUACUGCCAGCUGGCCGUAGCAGAAUGCAGUCAAAUUAUUCUUGAAGAAGCCGUCCCUGGUCGCUGGUUGGUACCCCCGUUGCUGUACCCAUCGCCCAGCGGUAAUGGCUUUGUGGCAAUUUCACAGACGGGUCAAGCAGAGGACGGCCAACGUCUCGUUUAUCACCGUCCACCUUGGCACAAAUUUGUCUCGCUUGAUAUCAGGCAAAUCGACGUCAAGCGUAUCGUCGGCUGGCAUGAAGCAAACAACACCACCUACGUGCUUGGCACUCCGACGAACGAAACGCAAAAGAGACAUUUGUAUCGAGUGACGGACGCCACAAUCGAAUGUCUCACGUGCCAUUUAUCAGCUGACAAUUGUAACUUUGUCGAUGCCAAGUUUGAAUUGGCUACCCUCGAUUUUUACGAACUGCAGUGCCUAGGCCCCCAUAUUCCCAGUCUUCACGUUGUCGAUUCGGAAGAUAACGAAAUUCUCACGACACUUUUGGAAGUGGAUCAUCACGGAGGACUGCGGGAUCUUCUCGAGCAUUUGACACCCGUCGUCAAAUAUCUAACAAUCCCGCUUGAGAACAGAGGCGUCGGAAGGGUUCAGCUACUCCUACCUGGUGGCUGGAACGAUAAAAUUUACCAUACACUACGCUACCCACUCAUCAUUCAAACUUUGGACUGGGACGAAGGCGACGCUCUAACCGACCAAUGGCGCAAAGAUUGGGCUUCAUACUUCACGCUGACACGACAGGUGAUUUACGCCAGGGUGUCAGGCCGUGACAGGGCGAACCAAUACGGAUCUCUCCAAACGGGUGUCAGCGAUCUCCUUACUAUUGUCAAGUUCUUGAUGGCGGAAUUGAACCACGUUGAAAGCAAUGCAGUGGUCUUAAUCGGUAAGGGAAUAGGAGGCUACCUGGCAACCAUGAUGAUGGCGCUGAUGGCCAACGAGGAAGAGCCCAUUUUCAAGUGCGGAAUCGUCAUUUCGCCUACCACUGACUGGUUGAGAUACGAGGCCAGUAUAGCUGAAAGGUACUUGGGAGAUGCAGUCGAUCAGCAAUAUUAUGUUCUGUCAAAGACCGACAAGCACAUUCAAAUGAUAAAAAAUGAUACGAUAUUGUUGAUGGAUUCGUUCCCGUACAAUCCGGUCCAACAUUUCCAAUCAGUAAAGUUCAAUUCCCAGUUGACAAAAGCGGGCAUCCGGUUUGACUACAAAACAUAUCCUCAGGCUGGUAUUAAGAAGAUGAUUGAGUACCAUUCAUACCUUUCCUUAGAACACUUCAUUACACAAUGUCUGCAGAAUGGUAAUUAACAUGCUGUGUCUUGAGAAUGGAAGAAUAAAAGUUUAUGGGAUAA